GAUUCUAGCAACUGCUGGGACCGAUUUUGACCUGCGGACCCUGCGAGCCGUCCGAGUGCUGCGACCCCUGAAGCUGGUGUCGGGAAUCCCAAGCUUGCAGGUUGUCCUCAAGUCCAUCAUGAAGGCGAUGGUGCCCUUGCUUCAGAUCGGGCUGCUCCUCUUCUUCGCCAUCGUGAUGUUCGCCAUCAUCGGGCUGGAGUUUUACAUGGGCAAGUUUCAUAAAACCUGCUUCUCCAACGAGACAGGUGAUGAGGUGGGAGAUUUUCCUUGCGGAGAGGAGCCUCCUGCCAGGCAGUGUGAGAGUGGGACCACCUGCAGGGAGUACUGGCAAGGGCCCAACUACGGCAUCACCAACUUUGACAACAUCCUCUUCGCUGUGCUCACCGUCUUCCAGUGCAUCACCAUGGAGGGAUGGACUGACAUCCUCUACAAUACAAAUGAUGCUGCAGGAAAUACCUGGAACUGGCUUUACUUCAUCCCUCUCAUCAUUAUUGGCUCUUUCUUCAUGCUCAACUUGGUGCUGGGCGUCUUGUCAGGUGAAUUUGCCAAAGAGCGUGAGAGGGUAGAAAAUCGCCGAGCUUUCCUGAAGCUCCGCAGGCAGCAGCAAAUCGAACGGGAGCUAAAUGGGUACUUGGAGUGGAUCUUCAAAGCAGAGGAGGUCAUGCUGGCAGAGGAAGACAAGAACGCCGAAGAGAAAUCUCCUCUGGACGGGAGGGCCGCCUCGGAAGGGCCGAUUCCACAAGGCACGGCACCGGCAGAGACUAGCAGCGGCAGCAGCUACAACAUGUUGAAAAGAGCCGCAAUAAAGAAGAGCAAAAAUGACCUGAUUCAUGCUGAAGAAGGGUCUCCUUUUGCCCGUGCCAGUUUGAAGAGUGGGAAGAAUGAGAGCUCGUCCUACUUCAGGAGGAAAGAGAAAAUGUUCCGGUUCUUCAUUCGGCGCAUGGUGAAAGCUCAGAGCUUCUACUGGAUCGUGCUCUGUGUGGUUGCCCUCAACACACUCUGUGUCGCAAUGGUCCACUACGACCAGCCGGAGAAGCUCACCACCGCGCUCUAUUUCGCUGAGUUUGUUUUUCUGGGUCUAUUCCUUACUGAGAUGUCUUUGAAGAUGUACGGGCUGGGGCCGAGAAAUUACUUCCACUCCUCGUUCAACUGCUUUGACUUUGGGGUCAUCGUGGGAAGUAUAUUUGAAGUUAUUUGGGCUGCAGUGAAACCGGGUACCUCAUUUGGCAUCAGCGUCUUGAGAGCACUUCGACUGCUGAGGAUUUUCAAAGUAACAAAGUACUGGAAUUCCCUGAGGAACCUGGUGGUUUCCUUGCUGAACUCCAUGAAGUCCAUCAUCAGUUUACUCUUCCUGCUCUUCCUGUUCAUUGUGGUGUUUGCUCUGCUGGGAAUGCAGCUCUUCGGAGGACAAUUCAAUUUCCAAGAUGAAACACCAACCACGAAUUUCGAUACCUUCCCUGCUGCCAUCCUCACAGUAUUCCAGAUCCUGACGGGGGAAGACUGGAACGCAGUGAUGUACCACGGGAUCGAGUCGCAGGGUGGUGUCCGCUCGGGGAUGUUCUCCUCCAUUUACUUCAUCGUCCUGACGUUGUUUGGUAACUAUACGCUUCUGAAUGUCUUCUUGGCUAUCGCUGUCGACAAUCUGGCAAAUGCCCAAGAGCUGACCAAGGACGAGGAGGAGAUGGAGGAGGCCACCAAUCAAAAGCUCGCCCUGCAAAAGGCCAAGGAAGUGGCAGAAGUCAGCCCCAUGUCCGCAGCUAAUAUUUCCAUAGCCGCCAAGCAGCAGAACUCCUCCAAAUCCAAGUCCGUUUGGGAGCAGAGGACAAGCCAAAUCCGGAUGCACAAUUUCCGAGCCAGCUGUGAGGCGCUUUACAACGAGCUCGAUCCCGAGGAGCGAGUGCGUUACGCUACCACCCUCCACAUCAGGCCAGACAUGAAGACUCACCUGGACCGGCCGCUGGUGGUAGAGCCGAGAGGCGAAGGGAGGAACAACAUCAGCAAGCUGAGCCCCGUGGACGUGCAGGAGGUGGAGCAGACCAAAGUCAGCCCUGCCGACGGGGCAGAAGCUCCGCGAAAGCACCACCGGCAUCGGGAUAAGGAUAAACUGGGAGAGCAAGAGAAGGGGGACGUGACCAAGGAUGAGAAUGGGGAACCUGGCACCACCAAGGAGGAGCGGCACAGGGGGCACAGGAGCCGCAGUAAGGAGGUGGAAGGAGGGGGUAAAGAAGGGAAAAGCGAUCGCAACAGGACUCAGGAAGGGGGCAAGAGGCACCAUCGCCGAGGGUCGGUGGAAGAAGGCGCCGAGAAGGAGCACCGUAGGCAUCGGACUCACCGGCACUCUGCUGAAAGGCAAGGCAAGGAAGGCAAUGGGACGAUCAACGGGGCCAGGAGCGAGCGGCGUUCUCGACACCGGGGAGGAUCGAGGUCUGGGAACCGGGAAGGAGAGCCUGGGUCCAAGGGCGAGAAUGGAGAAGAGCCUCACAGACGGCACAGGUUCAGGAACAGGGCGCUGUCAACGUACGAUUCGGUGGAGAAGGAGAACGGCGAGAAGGAGGGAGAGGCUGGCGAGAAGGAGCACCGCAACCAUCAGCCCAAAGAGAAUCAAUGUGACAUUGAGGCUAGUGGAAGCGUGAGUGUCCCUGUGCACACACUUCCCCGCACCUACCUGCAGAAAGUCCCGGAGCAGCCUGAAGAUGCUGACAACCAGAAGAACGUGACGCGGAUGAUUCAACCACCUCUGGACAAAACCACCACUGUGAACAUCCCCGUCACUAUCACCGCCCCGCCGGGGGAAACCACUGUCAUACCGAUGAACAACGUGGAAUUUGAAAGUAAAACGGAGGAGAAGAAAGAUGUCGAUGACUUGACGAAAAACGGGCCUAAACCAAUCUUGCCUUACAGUUCCAUGUUUAUCUUGAGUCCCACAAAUCCGAUUCGGCGUCUGUUCCACUACAUCGUCAACCUGCGCUAUUUCGAGAUGGUCAUCCUCAUUGUCAUAGCCCUCAGCAGCAUUGCCCUGGCUGCAGAAGACCCUGUCCAGGCCGAGUCACCGAGGAACGAUGCUCUGAAAUACUUGGAUUAUAUAUUUACGGGUGUCUUUACCUUUGAGAUGGUGAUCAAGAUGAUCGACUUGGGGCUGUUACUCCACCCUGGCUCCUACUUCCGUGACCUGUGGAAUAUCCUGGACUUCAUUGUGGUCAGUGGGGCCUUGGUGGCAUUUGCCUUCUC